ACCACAUUUUAGGAAGAAGCCAAAUACACUUUGUUAGGCAUGUUGAUCCAAAUUGUGAACUUCAACUCUAUCAACAAACUAUAAGAACCACAUUUUCACUACAUAAUUCACCCAUCCUCUCAAAUCUUAAUUUGCUAUUCCAUUCAUUGAGAAGUUGCAAAAGAUGACUACUCAUAAAGCUCACUAUUUGAUCUUACCAUAUCCAGGCCAAGGUCAUGUCAACCCAAUGCUCCAUUUCUCCAAAUUAGCUCAGUGUUGUAUGUAUCAUUUGGAAGUUUAGACAAAGUAGAAGCUGAGCAACUGGAAGAAAUGGCAUGGGGUAUGAAGAAUAGAAACAAGAAGUUCUUGUGGGUAGUUAGAUCCAGUGAAGAACCCAAACUUCCCAAGAACUUUUUAGACGAAUCAACAAGAGAAAAAGGCUUAGUAGUGUUCUGGUGUCCACAAUUACAAGUGUUGGAACAUGAAUCAAUAGGGUGCUUUCUGACGCACUGUGGGUGGAAUUUGACUUUGGAAACAAUUUGUUUGGGAGUGCCAAUGGUGACAAUGCCACAAUGGUCAGAUCAACCCACAAACACAAGGCUUGUGCAGGAUGUUUGGGAGGUGGGAGUUAGAAGAGAUGUUAUUGAAGAAUGUAUAAAACUAGUGAUGGAAGAAGAGAAAGGAAAGGUGAUUAGGGAAAAUGCAAGGAAAUGGAAGGAAUUGGCUAGAAAUACUGUGGAUGAAGGUGGUAGUUCAGAUAAAAACAUUGAAGAAUUUUUUUUCAAGUUGGUGACUAUUUCUUAAGUAGGAAAUUGAACUAUAGA